AUGUUAGUAAUAGGAUUGACGGGUGGAAUUGCAUGUGGUAAGAGCACGGUAUCUAGAAGACUGAGAGACAAAUACAAACUUCCUAUUGUUGAUGCAGAUAAGAUUGCGAGACAAGUGGUAGAACCGGGCCAAAAUGCUUAUGAUCAGAUUGUGUUAUACUUCAAGGACAAAAUACCGGAUUUAUUAUUGGAGGAUAGUCACUUGAAUCGUGAGGCAUUAGGAAAGUGGGUUUUUAGCCAUAAAGAGGAUUUGAAAGCCUUAAACGAAAUAACGCAUCCUGCAAUAAGGUAUGCAAUGUUUAAAGAGAUUGGUUAUUAUUACUUGAAAGGGUAUAGGAUGUGCGUCUUGGAUGUACCACUUUUGUUUGAAGGUAAUCUAGAUUCAAUUUGUGGAGUUACUAUAAGCGUAAUUUGUACGCAAGAAUUACAACUUGAACGAUUGAUGACAAGGAAUCCUGAACUUAGUCAGGAGGAUGCGAAGAAUAGACUAAGUAGUCAAAUGAAUACUGAUGAAAGAAUGACAAGGUCAGAUUAUAUCUUACAAAACAAUAGCACAUUGGUUGAUUUAUACGAACAAAUUGAGAGUGUUAUAAAGAAAAUUCGACCAAGUAGAUUAAGAACCUUUCUGGAGUAUUUUCCACCUUUCGGUGCUGUAAGUGCCAGUGGCAUCAUCAUGUCCAGAUUAUUGAUGAAGAAACUUCAAAAUAAGAAGCCUUCAGAGGCAUAG